AUGGAGAAGGAACUGUGUGUAUUCAGCCAAACAAUAGAAGAUAGCAGAGACAGGUUGGAAUUAGACAGAAACAGAGAACGAGUAGAAGCAAUGAACAGUGAAUCAAUCAUUGCUGAGCAUCGUUACAACGGGGAUAUUGAAAAAGGCACUUUUAAAACUGCAGAACAACUACACAUGGGUGAAAUGAACGUAAAAUGUAAACAUUGCAAUGCAGAAAGGUUCAAAUAUGAAACAGGAAGGGUGGCAAAUAAUUGCUGUCAUGGAGGAAAAAUAACAUUACCACCAUUAACGGAAUAUCCUGAUGUACUUCAACGUCUGCGAGAAGGGAAUGACGAAGUAUCAAGACACUUCAGACAACAUAUACGAUCAUAUAAUGACGCGUUUGCGUUUGCAUCAUUUAAUUGUACCGUGGCAGAUCUGGGGAAUUCAGGACCAUAUGUGAUGAAAAUAAUCGGGGAUGUGAGUUACAAAAUAUCUACAAGUUUAGAGACCGCAAACAAUAACCGACCAAGAUAUGGACAAAUUCACAUCUACGACGUACAAACUCAGCUAGCGCUGAGAGAAAAUGAUGCAAGAAGAGCAAAUCUGUUAGAAAUUAUUGGUAGACUGAUAAUAGAUAUCAAUCCUUAUGCAGCAAAUUUUAAAACAACGUACGAGCGAUUUGUUAAGGGAGAAAGCCUGGUGAGAUUAAACUUUAUAGCACUCAAGGAAGACGAUAGAGGGCGGUACAAUGCGCCAACUUGUGGUGAGCCAGCAGCUCUGAUCGUUUCAGAUGACGGGGCAGUAUCUGAAAAUAUAGAAGUACAAGUAUUUCCAAAACAAGACCGUGCAGUUGGAUAUGUGCCGAGAUAUUCGCAUCACGUUGAUCCAAUGACUUUUCCAUUACUAUUUCCGAGCGGUGAUUUAGGAUGGAGCUAUAAUAUGAAACACGUAGGAACAAACAAGAAAAUCUCUCCUGUUCAAUACUAUAGACAUCGAUUGGCCUUACGUCGAGGCGAAGCACAGAAUCAGUUUUUGCGGAGCGGACGAUUGACACAACACUAUGUGAUUCACGCAUAUCUCAAAAUUGAAUCGCAGCGUUUAUUGUUUUUAAGAAAUAAUCAGAAGCAAUUGCGUGUAGAAUGUUACAAAGGAAUCACUGAUCACAUAUCAAAUAGUGAAGCGAAUACGUCGGACCGAACAAGACUUGGGAACCAAAUGAUUUUACCAUCAUCAUUUUCCGGCAGCAUGCGACAUAUGCAACAGCAGUACCAAGAUGCAAUGGCAAUAACAAGGAAAGUUGGACGACCGGAUUUAUUCAUUACAAUGACAUGUAAUCCUAAGUGGCCGGAAAUAUGUACGGUAUUAAAAGAUUUUCCUACAGGUACCACUGUAAACGACAUUCCAACAAUAGCUUGUCGAAUAUUCAACAUGCGGCUACAACAGGCACUAAAGGAAAUCGAAAGCGGUUCAGUAUUUGGAAAGAUUGAAGGAUACGUAUACACAGUUGAAUUUCAGAAAAGAGGCUUACCGCAUGCUCACAUACUAUUUAUCUUAAAUAACUAUGACAAACUUUUGACUCCAGAAGCAAUUGACAGUUUUAUAUCUGCAGAAAUACCAUACAAACGAAUACAUCAACAACUAUAUCAAUCUGUCACAUCACACAUGCUACACGGCCCUCACACAUCCAAAAUACCAUGCUGGAAUUCGGUAACGAAGUCAUGCUCAAAGAAAUUUCCGAAAGACUUAGUGGAAAAUACUGAUAUAAGCGGUGGCGGUUUUCCAAAGUAUCGCGGACGAAAAAAUACAGACAUAAACUAUUACCGCAACCGCGUGGAAGGAAGAAAUAUCCAAGUAGACAACAGCAUGGUUGUGCCUCACAAUCCAUACCUACUUGCAAAGUACGACUGCCACAUGAACGUAGAAUAUCGUGCGUCAAUAAUGGCUAUUAAGUAUGUCUUCAAGUACAUCCACAAGGGACAUGAUCGUGCAAGAGUACAGAUAACUGAUUCAAACAGCGAGAGUGAUGGUCAGCCAAUAAUCAACGAAAUACAGGAUUAUGUAGAUUCGCGUUACGUAGGACCGAUGGAAGCAGCUUGGCGUAUACUAGAACUGCCAAUGCAUGGACGAAGUCAUGCCGUCACACGCUUACCUGUACACCUACCGGGGCAGCAAUACGCAACGUUUGAGGAAGGUAGAGAAGUCGAAGCCGCUACAAAUGAAAAAAAGUGGAGAACCCACCUUAUUGCAUGGUUUGAAUUGAACAGCAUAGAUGAAAUGGCAAGAAAUAUAACUUACGCGAACACGCCAGAUUACUAUUCGUUUCAAGAAGCAACAAAAACGUGGAAAAAAAGAAAAUAUGCAUGUAAAGUAGUUAGUAGAAUGACAAAUGUUUCACCAAGGGAUUCCGAAAGAUUUCACCUCAAACUAAUCCUUGGACAUGCGACAAAUGCAAGGAGUUUUAUAGAUUUACGCACUGUAAACGGGAAAGAAUGGAAUACAUUUAGAGAGGCUGCAGUGGAUAUGGGUUUAACUGCGACAAAUGACGAAGCUUUCAAAAUAUUCGACGAAGCUGUUUCAAUACUUAUGCCGAAACGGUUACGUCAUUUUUUUGUGUGGUAUUUAAUCGGUGAAAUGCCAUCGAACGUGAUAGAUUUAUGGAAUACUUACAAGAAAGCACUAUCUGAAGACUUCGUGGAUCAGCAUGAAAAUAGAGCACUAUGUGCAAUUGAGCAUCUUCUCAGAGCUGAGGCAAGAUCAUGUGCAGAUUUUUACUUACCAAUACCAAAGAUAAUUUUCGAAAAUGAAGCGGACGAAAUAACAGUGGAAAAUAUAGAAACCUUUGCAAAGAAAGGCAAUGAACUGGUGAAGUAA